AUGCACUGGCCAUGCGCCGCACAAGCAACACACAGAGGAGAUCAUGCGCUGGCCAUGCGACGCAUAGCCAGCGCACAAGCGGCGUACUUUACUCGAAUACGAAGGACUGCGAGUCAAAAUGAUCUUGAGGAAUUCAAUCCUGAGCCUGAACCGAAAGUGAGAGAGGUUGCAGUGCCUCGUGUGGCAGAUGUAACUUCGAGCAUUGUCAAGCCCACCAUCGAAGGGCACUAUUGUGGAUACUUUCUCUACUGGAAGGGUCACCAAAGAAUAUGUGCGGCUGAUACUAUUCCCCUUUUCUCUAUUGGGAAUGCAAGUAACUGGUUAUUAGCAGAGCCCGCAAAUUCUAUCACUUCAUGGGAUGAUUUGGCGACGAAAUUCUUGACAAGGUUCUUUCCACCAGCAAAGACAGCUCGACUCCGAAGAGAGAUCAUGUCAUUCAGGCAGAAAAGUGGGGAAAAUUUGUAUCAAGCGUGGGAGAGGUUCAAAGGUCUUCUCAGAGAUUGCCCUCACCACCAUCAGUCGAAUGAAGUUCUAGCACACACAUAUAUUGAGAGUCUGGAUGUCCAACAUAAGUCAUCACUAGACACUGUUGCAGGAGAGAUUGAUGCCAUGCGCACUGAAAUCAAGAAGUUAACUGCUGCGCGAGCUCCACCACAGGUAAUGCAAGCAAGGGGAAAGGAAACAAUAAUCAAUACGGGAAUUCCUACAACCCAAAUUGGAGGAAUCACCCAAAUUUUAGGUGGAGUGACAACCCAGGCUAAUGUGGUUGCUGAUGCUUUGAGUAGGAAAUCUAUGGGCACGUUGGCUUAUUUGCGUGCACAUGAAAUCCCCAUGGGGAAGGAAAUUCGAAGACUUGCUAGUCUUGGGGUCAGACUUGAUGAAACUGAAGAUGGAGAGUUAGUGGGAAUCACGCCAUCACGAAAGGGCAAUCUUAGUCCUCGCUACAUUGGUCCAUAUGAGAUUACUAGAAGAGUUGGGAAGGUAGCUUAUGAGUUGAGAUUACCGGCUGAGAUGUCCAUGGUUCAUCCGGUGUUUCACAUUUCGAUAUUGAGGUUGUAUAAAUCUGACCCUUCUCAUGUGUUUAACUAUGAAGAGGUUGAGAUUGAUGAAUCCUUGUCUUAUGAAGAAGAACCGCCCGCAUUUUGGAUCGCCAAGUUAGAAGGUUGA